AUAAGUCGAGAGCCCUUUUCACUAAACUACCUGUUUAUGUGUUGAGGAACUAGAGUUUGAACAUAAACGACCUUUGAAACGACAUGAUCAAUUAUACUCUGAAUUUGCCCUCCGUCAGCCCCCCCUCAACAAAACAAAGCCAGGCGGAAAACCCAAAUAGCAAAAAGUUUUAGAUAUAGUAUAAUUAAUGAGGUCUUGGGGGAGCAAUGUGUAAAUAUGCUAAAGUAAUGUGUUGUUUUAACGGUUAGCGGUUGUUAAUUUGGGUUUAAAAUAGGAAAAGAUAUGAGUUUGGUGCCUGCCUUGCCUCUAUUCCCUCCACAAUUCUAUCCUGGUAGCUAAGCUACUGAACUCAUUUUCUCUUCCUUUUAUGGCUUCUUUGCCUUCAGUUACUCUCACCGGCUCUCUCAAGCUUCAACCUGAACUCAAAAGACAUCCCUCCUCUUCUCUUCCUACUGAAAAGAGCCAGAGUAUUCCACACCAAAGAGGUUCAAUAAACACUCAAUUGGAUGGAAAUUUUGAAGCAAUUAUUAAGCCUUUGGACUCUAAAGAAGCUUUGUCUUUCAUUAGAGAUGAUGAAGCAGCAAAGGUUGAGCCCUCUUAUUAUUUUCCCCUAUUACAUGAAUGCAUAGCCAAUAAUUCUAUCUCAGAAACACAAAUAAUUCAUGCCCACAUCAUUAAAACAGGAGCCCAUCAAGAUCUUUCUCUCAUGACAUUUCUUGUCAAUGUUUAUGGAAAAUGUGGAUCAAUGAGCAAUGCUCAAACAGUUUUUGAUAAGUUGAGUAGAAGAAAUGUUGUUGCUUGGACUUCACUCAUGACUGGGUUUGUUCAAAAUUCUCAACCAUAUUUAGCUAUUGAAGUUUUUCAAGAUAUGUUGGAUUCUGAGAUUCUGCCUUCAAAUUUCACUCUGGGAAUCGCUUUAAACGCUUCUUCUUCGAUUAAUUCGAUUGAAUUGGGGAAACAGUUGCAUGCUUUUGUUAUUAAGUACUUGACUGACUAUGAUUCAAGUAUUGGAAAUUCUCUCUGUAGUUUAUACUCAAAUUUUCGUAGCUUGGAAUCUUCUAUUAAUAUUUUUCGGAGCAUUCGAGAAAAAAACGUGAUUUCAUGGACUGCAGUAAUUUCGGCUUGUGGUGGUAAUGGUGAUGCAGCUAAGGGUUUGAAAUUCUUUGAUGAGAUGCUUCACGAGGAUAUUAUGCCUAACGAAUUCACAUUUGCAACUGUUUUUAGCUUGUGCUGCGUGAUGCUGGCUUUGAAUGUAGGCAGACAGGUUCACUCGUUGAGCAUUAAACGUGGCUAUCAAUCCAACCUACGGAUAUCAAAUUCUGUCAUGUAUUUGUACCUCAAAUGCGGGUGCAUGGAUGAGGCGCGGAAUUUGUUUGAUAAGAUGGAAAUAACUAACUCGGUUACAUGGAAUGCGAUGAUUGCAGGCCAUGCUCAGGCAAUGGAUACUGCAAAGGAUGAUUUCGUCGCAUACCGAAGUGGAUUAAAGGCGCUACAUAUUUAUUUAAAACUGAAUCGUACAGGCAUGAAGUCUGAUCCAUUCACCUUGUCGAGUGUAUUGACUGUAUGCAGUAAGCUGUUGGCAUUAGAACAAGGGGAACAAUUUCAUGCUCACACAAUCAAAUCUGGAUUUCUUUCGGAUGUAGUUGUGGGAACUGCCGUUGUUAAUAUGUAUACCAAGUGUGGAAGCAUUCAGAAAGCAAGUAAAGUUUUUGUGGAGAUGUCGACGAGAACACUAAUUUCAUGGACUACAAUGAUAACAAGUUUUGCACAGCAUGGUUUUUCUCAGCAAGCACUGCAACUUUUCGAGGAUAUGAGGCUAGCCGGAUUAAGGCCGAACCAGAUCACAUUUGUGGGUGUUCUCGCCGCUUGUUGCCAUGCUGGAAUGGUUGAUGAAGCAUUUCGAUACUUUGAUAUGAUGCAAAAGGAAUAUAAACUCAAGCCGGUAAUGGACCAUUACGGAUGCCUGGUUGCUAUGUUUGUGAAAAUGCAUCGGAUAGAUGAGGCUUUUGAUAUUGUCAAGAAAAUGGAUUUCGAGCCUAGCGAGUUCAUAUGGUCACUGUUGAUCGCAGGAUGCAGAAAUCAUGAUCAGCAAGAACUGGGAUUUUAUGCUGCUGAGAAGUUGCUAAUGCUCAAGCCAAAAGAUACUGAGACUUAUGUCAUGCUGUUGAAUAUGUACAUAUCUGCAGAGAGGUGGCAAGAUGUUACCCGGUUGAGAAAAUUCAUGAAAGAGGAAAAACUCGGAAAGUUAAACGAUUGGAGCUGGAUUAGCAUAAAGGAUCGGAUUCAUUCAUUUAAAACCAAAAGGCGUUCACGUCGCCAGAAUGCAGAGGUGUAUGGUUUAUUGCAGGAAUUGCUUGAUAAAGCAAAAGAUUUCGGAUACCUGCCACCAAAAUGUAUGCAGGAUCACGAUUAUGAUGAUGAUGAUGAUGAUGAUGAUGAUGAUGGUAAGGACGAGGAUGGUGACGUGGCGGAGGAUGAAAUGGAGAAAGAUAAAUUUUCUUCUGCAUUGAAACAUAGUGAGAGGUUGGCUGUUGCAUUUGGGUUGUUGAAUGUGGGAAAGGGUGCACCAGUAAGGGUUAUCAAGAGUGUUUCAAUGUGCAAAAACUGCCAUGAUUUUGUUAAGAUUGUUUCAUCACUCUGCAAUAGGGAAAUCAUUAUUAGAGAUAGCAGGCGGCUUCACAAGUUUGUUAAUGGGCAGUGUUCAUGUGCAGAUUUUGAUGAUCUUCUUUAAUGCAGUGAGUUGAAUCAUAUACAAUGUUUUCUUGACAAAUUUGACAUUUGUAAUGUAGUAAAGAGAAAUCAAUUUAAAAUAUAUUUGGGAUAACUAUUGGCUUCAGAAA